AGAAAAAAUAUAAUUUUUUUCUUAUGUGAAACAUUUUUAUCUCGAUUGUUUUUUUUACGCAUUCUGAAAGAGCUUGACUGGGAAAUCACAAUGGUGUUCAAAGUGUAAUGAAAUAGGCUUAGUGAUUGUAAUCUUUUAACUUAUUUACGUGAAAAAAAUGUUAAUUUCAUGUACGUAUUUCUACGUAUUGAUAAAUUUAAUGGGAUUUUAGUUUGAGAUUGUACAAAAAUGAGUGGUAGGCCAAGGACCACAUCGAUUGCUGAAAGCAGCAAACAGUCUUCACAACCAAGUUUUACUGGGAUCAAAACCACGAGUAAAGAUGGUAACAAAGUAACUACUGUUGUUGCAACUCCGGGACAGGGUCCAGAAAGGCCUCUUGAAAUUUCAUACACAGACACUAAGGUUAUUGGUAAUGGAUCAUUUGGAAUUGUAUAUCAAGCUCGUCUCUUGGAGACUGGAGAACUUAUAGCUAUCAAAAAAGUUUUACAAGACAAAAGGUUCAAGAAUCGUGAACUGCAAAUCAUGCGUAGAUUAGACCACUGCAACAUAGUCAAAUUGAAGUAUUUUUUUUAUUCAAGUGGAGAAAAGAAAGAUGAAGUUUAUUUGAACUUAGUGUUGGAAUUUAUUCCGGAAACAGUUUAUAGAGUUGCUAGGCAAUAUAGUAAAUCAAAGCAAACAAUACCUACAUCCUUUAUAAAGCUUUAUAUGUACCAGCUGUUUCGAAGUUUAGCUUACAUCCAUUCCCUUGGAAUUUGCCAUCGUGAUAUUAAGCCUCAAAAUUUAUUGCUUGAUCCAGACAGUGGUGUUCUAAAACUAUGUGAUUUUGGAAGUGCUAAACAUCUAGUAAAUGGAGAACCCAAUGUUUCAUACAUAUGCUCCCGAUAUUACAGGGCUCCAGAGCUUAUAUUUGGAGCUACAGAUUAUACUACUAUGAUAGAUGUAUGGUCUGCCGGUUGCGUUCUAGCUGAGCUACUUUUAGGGCAACCAAUUUUUCCUGGUGAUAGUGGUGUUGACCAACUUGUAGAAAUCAUCAAAGUUCUUGGAACUCCUACAAAAGAGCAGAUUCGAGAAAUGAAUCGAAAUUAUACUGAAUUUAGAUUUCCACAAAUAAAAGCCCAUCCAUGGAGCAAGGUUUUCCGAGCUAGAACACCACCAGAAGCUGUCGACUUGGUUGCUAAACUCCUAGAAUAUACCCCAUCUGUUCGAUGCACACCCCUCCAUGCUUGUGCUCAUCCAUUUUUUGACGAGUUGAGAGAACCUGGAACAAGGUUACCAAAUUCUCGAGAAUUGCCUCCUCUUUUUAACUUUACUGAACAUGAAUUGAAGAUUCAACCCUCUCUUAAUGCCAUCCUGAUUCCAAGUCACCUUAGCAAUUGUAGUCAAAAUAAUCCCCAUGGUUCACUUGGGACGAAUAAUCCUGGUUCUGGAGGAAUGACCCACAUGGGAGCAGAUUCUUCUAACAUUAGCAAUUCUGUUUCAUUAUCAGCAUCAGGUGGCAGUGUUUCUGCUGCCCAAAUAGGAGCAUCUACUUCCACUGCUACAGCAUGACCGUAUGAUAGUCUCCCAGGAAGCAGCUAAGCCUUGUAACUUCAUUGGGCUUUGUCAGAUGUGCUAAAACUAAUUUUUUGGAGACCAAAUAUACAUCUGCAGUGCUCUCCUCUUAAGUUACAUGAAGAGCUCGUUGUUGAAACACUGGAGAACACUGUUCCGGGUACCUGAACUAGGUUGUAAAUAAAUUUGACUAUAAAUAUUGUUUUUUCAAUUAUAAAAACUUGCUGAAGUAAAUUUUAUUUUAUAUUUGUUUAUAAUAAUUUUUUUUACCAAAUUAUGACACGAUCAAUUUGUUAAAUCAAUUGGAGUAAUUACUAAAUUUUACAAUGUUUAUUUUUAUAAUUCAAAUUAUUCUUCAUCCAUGUAAUUUGGAUUUUAUCUUAAUGAUUUGAAUUUUUAAGUAAUUUUUGACUUUUUGCAUAACAUUUUAUUGACAUUGAUAUUUUGACAUUUAUACAUUGAUAUUUUUUAUUAUAGAAAAUAUUUAUUUGGUCUUUUUCUUCGUACUAAAUGUUUAUACAGGGGUCUGGCCAGAGGAUAUUUGGGUCCGUUAACAGACCCUUCACAAAAAUCCAAUCAACCAAAACGGACCCUUCACAAAAUUCUGAUAAACAAGAUCAGAUCUUUCACAAAUUCUUUAUUGAAAGAGCAAAUCUGAAAGAAAAAUAACUCUUUUUUUUUCCAUGGAUAAAACUGAUAAUUUUUGGAACCUUUUUUGAAGUCAAAUUAGAGAGAUCAACUUAUACAAAAUCUGCUAAUUUUGCACAAAAAAAAAAAAAAAAAAAAAAAUCGGCAGUCUUGCGAUAAAUAAUUGCUACUGCCAAAUAAAUAUAAUGCUUAAAUGAAAAAUUAUCAUAUAAGCUUUGUGCUACAAUAUGAUUAAGGUGAAAAAACAACGUAAAUAAAGCACAAAUAUUGGAGAAAAUACAGCAUAUAGCUAUUUCAAGACUACAAUGGAGCCUCUUCAUCAGUGCAAAAAGCUCACCAACACAACCAGAAGUUGCGAGAGAACAGUUCUCUCGCAACUUCUGGCUGUGUCAACAACAACAUUUUUUUUCGGAAUUAUUUGAUUUUUCACUAAAUUAAUUCAUUUUUCACAAAAUUAUUUGAUUUUUCACAAAAAACGGACCCUGUGAAAAAUCCUGGACAGACCCCUGUUAUAGUUAUAAAUUUGUACAUGUAAAAGGCAAUAUUUGGCUAUUUUCUUCUUUUUAAAACAUUGGGAAUAAAAUUCUUCCGGUGAAUUGUUAUUAAAGUUUUAAAAGUUAAUAUUUCGUUUAUUAGGUUUUUUUUUUUUUUUUUUUGCAGUUAUUUGUUAUCAUAUUUAAAUUAAUACCUUUUCAUGUCUGUUAAAAAAAUACUGAAUGUGUUUUUUUUAGAAAUUUGGAUGCUCAAUUUAUCUUUUCUAAAUGAUUUGUCUUCCUUUUUUAGUUUUCACCCAUCAUAAUCCUUAAUGUUUAAACUAAUUUAAGUACUACUUUAUAAAAUAAUAUUAUAUAGACGUAUCAGUACAGCGAUUCUCCAAUAAGCGAGUAGUUUGCAUUACUUGGGCCCAUGCUAUAAUUUGUCAUUUUAUAAUGUAAAUUUUUUUAAAGCAUAAGGUACUUUCUGUAGUGUCUUUAUCAGUCUGGUCCCUUAUCCCCCACCUCACAUACUUAUCUUGUGAAACAAUUUGAACAGAGUAAAAGAAAUGCCAUCCUUUUACUCUGUUUAAAAUAUUCUAUAGUGAAUUUGCUACAUUCACGAUGGCAAUUUUCUUAAUUUAAUCACUCUUGUUUCUGCUCAUAUUAUAAAUGUUUUAAGCUGUUAUGAAGUUUAAAACAUUUAUUAUAUACGCAGGUCUCCUGUUGUAAUGUUCAUGUUGGAAAAGAUGAAAUAGAUACACCAUAUGAGGCAGUGAGAAGCAAAGGGAUGUAAGUGGCAAAAUUAAAAAUUUGGAGAUAACCAGUACAGAUGGUAGGUGAACCUCUCCUCUAUCUUGGGACAAGAGAUAGUACUAGUAGCCCUGGCAGGUGCUGCUGUAUAGCAUGAUUUAGAAAAAAAAUUCAAUGCAAGUCUACCUAGGAUGUUAUCUUUAUACAGACGUUACUCAAAACUUGAAAAUGACCACUUUCAUCCCUUUGCUUCUCACUGCCUCAUAUGUACUAAAUGACCUGAAAUAACCCACUUAUUUGAGAAUCAGCACUAUUGUACGCUUGUUAUUUUUGUCAGUUUCAACACAAAUUGUGUUUAUGUGCUCCGUGUACAGUCCUAUGGAAAAAAAACAAAACAUUCGUAGUUGCACAGGGAUCAUACUUAACAGGAAAUUAGUCAAGUGUUAGUCGAUUAAGCUCCUUGAAAAUUACUGAAAUGAAAUGUGAAAGGCUAGAGUCACUUAAGAAUAAAUAUUACCUUCAAAAACCUAAUUAUAAUGAAUGCACAAAGUUUAUGAAAUGACGGAAAAAAAGUAUAAAAAUGUUUUACAGAAAUGCAAAAAUGUAAAAGCACUUUUAUUAACUUUCUUACUUUUACUAAAGAGGCUUGAAUUUUAUUUUCUAAAUAAUGGUAUAUAGCUCCUAAAACAGCCACGUAAUUUA